AUGGAGCUGCUUCACAUCCUCCUCCCUGGCAAACCCAUCUCAACCUCUCACUCGUUGAUCACCUUCAUCUCCCCGUCGUGUUCGCUCGGUGAUUUGGUGCGACAGGUGCUCAACGAGCCGGAGGCAGGCACCGUGCGUCGCUCGAUUGUCGAUGACGAUGACGAUGCGACGGAGGAGAGUUCAGAUGACUCCCUAUGGGGGUUGCAGCGUGUGGAUCUGCAGCACUCAACAGCCGACAGUCACCUUCCGGUACUCGACGAACAUGGUGGGUCCUUUUGUGCAGCUCCUCGGGGUUCGAGCUUCACGAGGUCGUCAACUGCCACACGGCAGCGAAGCGCUCCACUAUGACCUCAAUAUUCUGUCCCACACGUUAACUGAUAUCUCUCAACCUCACCAGGCCUGUUGCUCUCGACGAUGCUUCUCCAAGACCUCUUCCCUAACCUCGGUGUCGAAAUUUCCUCGAGCUCCUCGCCGCCAAUUGCCCCGUCGACACGCGCACAAGAGCCACGUCUUCGACUCGUCCAUCGCUUGCAUUUUGUCGACGUCGAAACACAUCUUUCUAAGAGACGUAUCUUCAUAAACAAGCAUACAACCAUGAGAGACACUUUCGACAUGCUUCUGGAAGGUGAUUCCUCUCUGGUCGGCGCAGAUCUGCUGGAGAGGGCCUCGGACGGAACUCUGUCGCGCUCAAGUCUAGCCUCGGAUGUGCCCGUCCAAUCCUGGCAAAUGGCCUACCCCGCAUCACGACUAGUAAUGCCUCCCCAAGCCUCAAAAGAGGGCCAGUACAAGCGACCUGACUCCCUCUGGAGGCCUGCGUCCAUCUUUGGCGAGCUCUGGGCCUCCGCGACAGCGACGAACAAUCAUGCCGAUCCAGGCGGUUCCGUUCAGUCGCAAGUUGGGGAGGCCGAAGAGCCGGAGCCGAGAGAAGGUGGAUCCACGAUCAAACGCGAAUCCAAACCUACCUCCUCCCCUACUCCAGGUGAAUCCUCAUCUCAAUUGGAGUCAUCCUCACAGCCCCUUCCGGCCCGAGCUCGGCUGUCGACGAUGUUCGCAGAUUGGAUAUCUCCUACCGAAGUGAUUGCGAUCCCCAAGCCUGAACGACCCAAGACGAUCGUUUCAGGACCUAUCCCCGCCACGCACUUCAUGAGCUUGCGUGGUGUACCUCGGCAGAGUUUUUCCGACGACGAUCAUGAGCUACCUGUAGCGGAUGAAGACGUCGACCGUGAGAUUGAGAAGCUUAUGGUACGAACGCAGCCGGAAAGCUAAAGACUUAAUUACUUUUGAAAGCUGACAUAAGAGUCUCACCCAAUUUACACAGGGCGAUCUGGGUAUCAAAGAACCUCAGCGCGCGACAAUGCGAGCGCUCCCAAUCGACCAAAAGUGCUACCUCAUCUCUCAACACCGCUCAACGUCCACCCCGCUACGGCCAUCCAAGACAGGCCCCGAUCAAGCUGCCCCAAGCCAAGCAGGAGCUUUUGAAAGCUUCAAGCGCUUAUCCCUAGCAAGCAUCGUGGCGUGGUCUGAGACUCCUGCGACCCCUGUCGAGGUACACUGGCAGCCGGUCGGCCGAUCGCUAUUCGAUGCGUCAGGCGUUGCUGCGCCGACGGGUGGUACGAGUUGGACAAGCUGGUGGACCGUCGCUUCGGACCCUACCGGGGUGUCAAACGCGUCGAUUUCGGGGAUGAAAGAUACGCCUGCGUUCUAUGUCGAUCAACUCAAGUCUUCGUUAGUCUAUCCCUCUCCAAGGUGUUUGUUUCCUGGCUGAUCACUUGGGAUUUGCCGCAACAGUAAGGUUUCCGAAAGAUCGCUGGUCAAGCACCUCAUCGCCCUUCGAGUUCGACUGUCCACUGCCAAGGUUUCCUGGGCAGAGGAGUUUCUACAGGAAUGUCGAGGCCUCGAAGCACUGCAAGGACUUCUGGAGAAAAUCGUCAAGAAGAGAAAAACUCGGUCAGCACAGUUCCACAAUCGUCGCCACGCGCGGUGUACUGACAAGGAGCUCUGAAUGGCCUCGCAGCAGCGAAGCCGCAACCGACGAAGAAGAAACAGUCCAGACCGAAUGCAUGAAAUGUCUACGGGUGCUCAUGAAUACGGAUGUGAGUCCGCCCUCCACUGGGUCGUCACAAAUAUGCCGUUGAACGAAGCUGAGAUCAUAUAUGUUGACUCACCUGUCAGAUCGGUUUCUCGAACGUGUUUGCUUCACCUGACUUGAUCAAGCUACUCGUCUGCUCACUGCACAUCUCACCUUCCUCCUACAAGCUCCGGUCUCAUAUCGUCGACAUCCUAGCAGCACUGUGUGUUCUAUCGCGCGAAAACGGUCAUACCAUUGUACUCGAAGCUUUUGACCACGCGGUUGCCGACGUCGCACAUCGGUUCGAAUGUCUCGUCGAAGGAGUCAAGUUGACGGGUGAGGAGGAGACGGGCGGAGAUGGACCCGUUGGAAUUUGGGAAUGGAGAACGUCGGCGAUGAGGUGAGCGAUCGCCUGUCUGGUGUGUAGAAACAACACCGGGGGGGUAGGCGCUAAUUGGCAGAGUGAUGAUACCUCUCUUAGCUUGGUCAACGCACUCGUCAACUCACCCGAUCUUCUAGAAGUGCGAACUAAGCUCCGAGCAGAGUUUGCUCUAUUGGGGCUGAAUGAGAUCCUCGUGGUAAGUCCAACCGACGAAGACAUUCCUGAGCUGCCGCUGACUGAAACUGGUCUUUGUCACAGGCUCUUCGGUACAUGGGACCUCCCGACCAUCUUCUGACCCAACUCAACGUCUGGGCUGAGGCAAGGGACGAGGAUACCGAACACGGACAAACGCUUAGGCGACAGGAUGGGCUCAGGUUGUGAGUGCUCCCCAAGGUAGGCGCUCCGGACAAAGUACUGAUCAUGCGUGCUUCAUAGAUCGGCGAGCACCGAAGGUGCACUCUCUGUUGAACUACUACAACUCAUGCAAGGCCGAGAUGACCUGUGGCCCCAAGUCGUGGAAGCUACGCGACGACUCGUCUACGAAGCUGGCGCUAGCAUUCAACAACCUCAAGAAGACCUUGAAGCUCUACAGGAUCAAAUCACGACUCUGUUGCGUCAGGGUGAAAAUCGGGAGGCGGAGGUGAGCCGCUUUCAAAAGACAACCCUGACAACUAUAAAUCUUGAUGUAUUUUACAUUUCUUAACAAGGUCAAAAAACUUCGAGACGCCCUCGCCGAGAAGGAAGAAGAAAUCGCCGCACGGAGCUAUGUUCGGCCUGUGCCCUCGACGGACGCGAGCGUUCAGACUUCGAUCGACGAAUCACUCUCGGUUCCGUCUUCGACGGACGUGACACUCGAACUGAGCCGAAAAAUUGAGCAAAUUGCGCGACUCCGAAUGGAGCUUGACGAGGCAAAGAGACGGCUCAAACUUCUCACCGCUUUCGGCAGGAGAGCUCCCGCCCCACCUCCUCCAACUGAUCCGGCCACACACCCUGUCACUCCGGACGCACAUCUCCUCGAGCCUUCAACCCAGACAUUAUUCGAUGUUCUGACUUCCACUCCAGUCGAAAUCAUCCCUCCGCCUCCGCCCCCCCCGCCCGCUCCCCCAGCGCCUCCCGUUCAAAGCGUCCGGACUUGCGCAGCCACGACCCCGCUCAUUGCUCGCCUUCAAGCCGCUCGGGGAGCUGAGGCCUUGCUCGGGUUCCCUAUGCCCGCAGUUCAGAUCUCGGACAACCCCAAAGAAGUAUCCCAGGAUACGACUCGCCCGAACUGUAAACCACAAGCUACCCUCGCUUCUCGGCAGCCGCUCAUGAGCAAACUCGGCCCUCCACCCCCACCCCCACCCCCACCGCCUCCACCUCCACCUCCACUCAGGCAGCCAGGAAAAACAGCCCUCUCGGGGAGCGCAAGGCCGAGUCCUGCCCCGGCCAAGGGACCCACUCCCCCUGUGGCUCCUUCCCCACCGCCUCCACCGCCUCCAAUCAGAACUUCGAAACCACAAGGUCUAUCAGCAACUCCUUUCGCACCACCUAUAGGACCAUCUUGGAUCCGAGCUGGCGGUGGGAGUGCGCUACCGAGCUCCGCCGUAGCUAAGCCACGAGUGGCUCCUGACUUGCCGCCGAAGAAAACACGCCCUUUCUUCUGGACAAAAGUCGCUCCGCAUCAACUUGCUAGUUCGAACGUUUGGUCGCAUGUCGAUACCGCCGUAAUCGAUCCUGAGCUGCCGGACUUGAUCGAGGUCUUUCAAUUGGCCCCUAAAGCCGGACCCGGCAGAGCGACUGCCAACACCGCCGCGACGGAAGGCAAGAAGAAGGCUGGCGUCACCACGUUGUUGGGGAUGACUCGAGCUCAGAAUGUUUCAAUCAUGCUGGCGAGAAUCCGGAUCUCUCAUCAAGAGAUUCGAGAAGCGAUCCUCUCUAUGGACGAUGGGAAACUGUCGAUCGAGACGCUCAAGCAGAUUGCGCAUUUCGCGCCGACGACAGAAGAGGUACGAAGGUGUGCUCGACACGAUCAAGAUUCUUGCUGAUGGAUCUUGUACUUCAGAUUACACUUCUGCGUAGCUACGGCGGAGACAAGAAGUUGCUCUCACCCGCCGACCGAUACUUUUAUGAGGUGAGCCAGCGCAAGCCUUACUGCGCCUUGACACCCUCGAAGCUCAUCAUUUUCCAACUAUCACAGAUGAUCACCAUCCCUCGACUACCUAGCCGCUUGAAGGCAAUGAUCUACCGACGACAGCUUGAGAUGGAGAUGGAGGAGCUCAAGCCCGAAUUGUCGAUCCUUCGCUGCGCGACGACCGAGCUGCGCGAGGGGACGAAGCUGAAGAGAUUGCUGGCGGUGAGUUGAGACGACCACACAAUCGAGUAGCAGAGUCUGAGUACAUAUUCUGUAUGUGUCGGUCCCAGAUGGUCUUACAAUUCGGAAACACCCUCAACGCCAACACCUCUCGUGGGAACGCUGCGGGAUUUCGCAUUGGAGCGCUGCUGCAGGUGAGACGGUUCAGGAGCCUCAGGAUUAGGUAGGCCGGCACGACUGACCAGGUUUGCCACGAACUCCAGCUCAAGGAUAUCAAAUCCUCAUCUUCAACUACUCCGACUCUCUUGCAUUAUCUCGUUCGGGCAAUUGAUCUAUCGGGUCCCGAUCUGAUGACCUGGGCUGAAGACGAGGCCCCGCAUGUGGAAGCUGCUUCACGUGGUAAGUCUCGACUUGAUGGUGAUAUCUACAUCGUACCUAUCGUGACCGUGUCCAUCUAAUCAACGUGAGCAGUCUCGUUUGUGACCGUGAUGGCUUCGGUCAAGAGCUUAAUCGAUGGGAUGGCCCAAGUGCAAGAAGAGUUAGCCUUGGCCCACGAGGACACAGCCCCUGUCCAAGGUGAUCAGUUUAUCUCUUUGAUGGAGGUGAGUGUUGGGACCGAGUGUGAAGGCCUGGGAAACCGAAAGCUGGUCUAACUGCUUGACCUCAAUAGACGUUCGUGUCCCAUGCUUCGGGAGCCAUCAUUGCUCUCGAACAAACUAGCCAUAAGCUACAACGCGAUCUGGUGUCCCUGCUCGAGUACUACGGAGAAGACAGCAAAACGGUCAAGCCGGAAGAACUGUUCGAAACGUUCAAUGCAUUUUCCCACUCUCUGCUCGUACGUGUAAUAUCCGCUACAGUUUUAUCUGAGGGUUGGAACUGAUUAGGCUUCCGGACAUACAGCACGGCGAGAACGAGCUCCAAGACAUCGAUGCAAAGACGAAGCCAGCAAACCGGGGAAAACAUUUGAAGAUGCCAGAAGUCGAGCAAGGAAAAGAAAAGCAUCCGGUGAGUUGUAUCCCAGGUCUAAGCGCAUUGCAUGAGCUCAGUCUAACAUCGCCUUGCAAAGCCCUCGGCAUCGCCUCUCAAGGCGGGAAGGUGCUCGAUUGGCCGAGGGGGCUUCGACGCUGCGGUCCGGGAUUUGCGGAGCGGUAUUAUUCCCCGAAGACAAGGCAGUUCGGCAACAAUCAGGCCGGCAUCCAAGAUUUUUCUCGACGGUGGUUUGCGAUGA